AUGAUUAUCAAUCCAAGACAGCAUCUCCACCUGCAUCGCAUGGACGAGCAGAAUGAGCACUUUGCCGUCCACACCCACCUCACGACGCUGAUGCAGUGCUGGGAAUGGCAAGCAGACUCCAAAGUGAAAGAAGAGGUUCAGAACAUGAGGCUCAGGUUGGCGAUAGUAAACCAUAGGGCACAGCGUCACAUUGCGAGCCACUCCUUGUUCUUCUCAAAGUGGAAACGUCUCGGUAUUUGCUGCAACCUGCGCAAGAAAUUGGUUGAACUCUUCCAGAUGACUUCGUGGAUUAACAGGACGAAAUUCGAAAAUCUCAUCCGUCUCCUCGCUGAACGUCUCGUCACCGAUUAUUGCAGACGCCAUUUUAGAUAUAUGCCACACGCUCACCACUGCAAUCUUAUGCAAAAAGCUACCAUGAAAUCCCUCCUUCUGCGAGCUAAGCAGAUAGCAAAAAGAAAAUCGCGCGCUAGAGACCCGAGGUUGGAACUUAAAAAAGGAACCAAGAUCAAGGGCGCUCUGAUGAGGUCUAUUAUGUUUAAAAAUGUUCCUCAGUACUUUGCCGCCGUUGGUAGCGCAGCUCCCAUCAUCCGCAUUACAGGCCAGAUCCCUUUUUAG